AUGUCCUCGCUACCACCGCCUCUGCUCUACGAGCCUUACCGGGCCGUGGAUGAACCACCCGCCAAUGAUUCUCCUCCCUUUGACACGUGUCUUGAUGACAGCACCGGCUCGCCGAUAACAUUGACACGAACGGUGCCGGAAACACCCCCAAAGUCAACAGCACCGACAAUAUGCCGAAACCCCCAGACGCCGCCACCUGCAGAUGUUGGCUCGGCCGCCCCUCCCGACAGAGCCGCCGUCUCGGCUCUCUCCGACUCUUUAUCAACACCCGGCAGUUCGUUGUGCUCGCCACUGCUUUCACUCAUGGGCACGAGCGUUAUCGACCUGCUCGAUGCCGAUCCGCGCCCUUCAUUCGUCGUAUCUCUGGCAUCACCCGCGACCGACACGUAUACCACCGAUGCAGCACAUCCGCCUUCCGAAGCGGACGGCAGCUCUAACGCAAGUGGCGUUCUCGCGCCGUACAUUGUUUACGGCAACCCGGCGUUGAACAGCUCGCCUUUGCUGCGGGAGAUUGUAGCUCCUGGAGAAAGCCACCGUGUCGGUAACUGGAUUGUCAUCACGGCAGAUGCUGCCAACGGUCACAGUGGUGCUCUGCCAGCCGUUCACCAUCUUGGUGUUUUUUGGACGCGCUUGGUCCUAGGCGGAGGUCUCUUCAUUGUUUUCAGUGCAAACGUGCCUAUGCCCGUGGAGGCGGCAGUGCGGACAGAACCGCCAGCGCAUCCCCCAGUGCCAGCCAUAAGGUUGCCAACUUUAUCUCCAGUACGGUAUGUGCCACCGGAAACAGCUGCCACGAGUGCGACGACAACAACGACGACGACAAAAGCUACAGCCAUACCAGCCUCACAAGCCGCAACGCCACAUGUGAAUUGGAAACAUCUACAUCCAUACAUACCAGCGCCUCCCACGCUUGCGUAUCUCUCCCCUUACAAGUCUAGCCCGCACCUAACGUAUGGAACUUUGCCAACGGUCUCUCCAAACUGGACGGCAGCUCCGUUUCCGGGUUCGGCAAAUAUGGCACCAGCAGCAGGAGGCACCGGUAGACGGGAGGAUGGCAGUUACGAAAGCCCGCCUAGAGGCAAAAACCGCCAGUACAGCCACCAUUUGGAGGCGGUCGCUGAUCUCGUGCCCAUCGGCUUGUUAGCCCUGGACCCCGAAGAGAACGUGUGCUUUGCGAACCAAUCUUGGUACCGGAUUAUGGGUGCUCCGCCUACGCCAGAAGGGACGGUCGUCCAAUGGGAUCACUUUUUCCAAUUUAUUGAAGAAGAGUACCAGCCGGCUCUCCUUCACUCCUUCGAACAGAUUGUUAGGGUGCCAAGCAUCAGCUUUGGCUUCCGCGUGAAGAGACACGGCAACGAAACGAUCACAUCGGCGGACCAAUCAUCUGGAAGUACUCAGGUCCUUGCCACAUCAACCGUAGAGAGGGAUACCGAAGGAAACCUGGUUCGCGUCAUCAUCUGCCUGCGCGAAAUUAUAGAGGAGUACCGAAGCAUCACCGCCGCCGCCGACCUCUAUGCCCAGCAAGCUAACAACCUCCGGUGCAUGACCGAAUAUGCCACGGUGGGCUUGUAUGACAUGGACAUAGAGGGGCGCCUGCGUGACGCGAACCGCGUUUUUAUCGAGAUGUGUGGCAUGGAUAUAGAAGAGGGGGACAACCUGGCCAUGGGGAUAGUCAAGCCGUGGCUGUGGUGUGUUAUUGACGAGGACCGCUCACUCGUCAACACUUCGAUAAACACCAUCGUUGCUGGCGGGGAGUACCAGUCGAUGGAGGUGCGUCUCAGCAAGCCGUGGACCAUUGACGACGGCGCUGGAAACCGGAUUGAGGCACCGCGCUGGAUCGACGCGACGAUGCUGCCGAUCAAGGACGCCAAGGGCAAUGUGAUCUCCAUCACCGGCUGCGCGACUGACGUCUCUCUGCGCAAGUGGCAGCUGGAGCGUGAACGCCAGGUCAAAGAAGAGGCCAUCGAGUCCCGACGUCAGCAGGAGAACUUUGUCGAUGUGACGUCGCACGAGAUUCGCAAUCCGCUCACUGUAAUCAUGCACUGCGCCGACGCCGUUCUCGAGUCUCUGAAACGAAUUUGCGACCUUGCUGCACAAGACCGAGAACCGAUGGCUGGAUCCCGGGUGGUGGCCGCCGAAAGCGAAUCGGUCACGCUCCAGAAAGCUCUCGUGGACGACGCCAUCGACUAUACCGAGAUCAUUGUCGGAUCUGCUCUGCACCAGAAGUCCAUUGUCGACGACAUCUUGACCAUGUCCAAGCUGGAUUCGGAUCUGCUGACAGUGACUGCGGUCACGGUUGAUCCGAUCGAGAUUGUGCGCUCUACCUUGUGGAUGUUCGAGGUGCAAGCACGCCAGCAGAGCAUCUCGCUCAACAUGGUCUUGGCCCGCUCGUUCAAGGACCUCGUCGUGGACUAUUUCGAUCUGGACCCGUCGAGGCUGAAGCAGAUUCUCAUCAACCUCUUGACCAACGCCCUCAAGUUUACAUGCUCUGGCGAUAUGGCCGACGGCUCAAUUGGACCAAUGGGGUCUUCGGUCUUCCUGAUCUUCGAGGUGAAGGACACUGGCGAGGGCCUGACUAAGGAGGGCCGGGACACUCUCUUCCAGAAGUUCGUUCAGGUAAACUCAACCACACACGUCAAGCACGGAGGAUCUGGAUUGGGACUCUUCAUCAGCAAGCGGCUAGCCGAGCUCCAAAACGGGGCUAUCGGAGUUGCCUCCCAGCUGGGUGUGGGUUCAACUUUUACGUUUUACAUCGAAGCCUAUAUUUCGCCCCGUGGUGUUGUCCCAGAGGUCCUGACCCCGGCCGAGGCAGCCAAGAAGGCGCUGGCUGUCGGCCUCAGCGCCCCGCGGGAAAGAAACGCGGAUGAGAGUACGGCCGUCUUGUCACCGGGCUUGUCCCAGGCGUCUCCGGAGGCUGCUACCAAAGGGACGACCAGAUCAGCGAGAAACAGCAUCACCAAGACGUCAGAAACUCAGAGAGAGGCAACCGAGGCCGCCCCGGACAAAGCGAUACUAGACAACAACGGUCAGCACGAACCCCUUACUACCAAGGCGACGUCCAUUAUUUCUGGUGAUGCUCAGCUGGCAGUCAUAUCUGAAACGCCACCCGAGGUUCGAGGCGUGCUGCUGGUGGAAGACAACAUGGUCAAUCAGAAAGUGACGCGCCGCUAUUUCGAAAAGGGGGGGUUUUCGGUGCAGGUAGCUGGCAACGGACUCGAGGCAAUGGAAAAGAUACAGCAGUCGGACCGUUGCGUGCCAGGAAGCUUCCCGAUCUCGGUUGUUCUCAUGGACAUGGAGAUGCCGGUGCAGGGUGGGUUAGAGUGCACGCAGAACAUUCGCGCACUCGAAGCGACAGGCAUGUUCUCCGGUGGGAGAAUUCCGGUGGUGAUGAUCACGGGGAACGCGCGGCCGGGACAGAUUGCCGAUGCCCGGGCGGCUGGCUGUGACGAUGUGGUGAUAAAGCCGUUUCAGAUGCAGCAGCUCUACGAGCACAUUCAGCUCAUCAUACGGAUGCUAUGGGAGAAGGACAGGCAUAUGCUUGCGCAGAGAGAAGGCGAGGCAGCGGUGGCAGCGGCGGAAGUCGGGGUGGACGCGGAAGCUUCUCUCCAAGAACAGGAGCUUUGA